GCCCUCUUCUCCCUUCCAUCUCCUGAGCGAGACCGCGAAAAAACUCAACCCACGACAACCAUCCAACGACGACCAACGGCUCGAGACUCGCAGAGCAGACCCUUUGCCCGCUCGACUGAACCUCUUCAGCCGUCUUCCUCACGCGUCUCUCACACAGACGACCCGCGACCAGAUUAGCUUUCUUUGCAACCCCGACUGAACGGCCUUGGGCACUGGUUUUAUCCACUCCAAAGGCGCCACCCCAACACAAAAACAUCCGCGCCGUCCGCCGGUUCCCUCCCCCCUCGCGGCGUGGGCAAGGAAAAAAAAAACGAAGAAACCGUCCAUCAAACGAGUUCGUUCCCUCGAGCUCCGUCGACGACUCCUCCUCCUCUUAUCCACAAACGACGACCUCGAGUCCCCGACGAACAAGUGUCCACCAGCGACCCGGACACCCUUGUCUCGUCACCCUCCCGACGCGACCGAGGCCAUCCGCCCACCCGACGAUAACUGCCGUCCCAGACGCUCACAAGCGACGCUCAGGUGGCCCCCUCCUGAAGCUAUCCGCAGCUGCGCACCGCCCUCGGAGGCAGCAACGACGACGAACCAGGGCCCUUUCCCACGGCGACUGUGUUCCAUCAUCGCGACAACGCGCACCGCAGUCAUCAGCAGCUCUGGCCCCGUCGUCCUGCACAGCCGAUAUAGCCGCUCGUUUUUCGCGCUCGCACCGUCAGCUGUCCCCGCAGCCGCCUUUCCAGAGCUGUGAUCGCUUCGUGGCCUUCCGAAGUGCAUCGAAUCAGCGCAUCUGAAACUAGCUCUGAGAUCGCACGAGUCCCCCGCAGCCGCCUCGUUUCGCGCAUCGGUGUGCCUCUCGCUGCCACGUCCCCUCGCACGCGCAGCCGUCGCCCCCCAUCUCUCCGGUUCCCGCGAGCCAUCCCUCUCCGGGGGAGAUCAAUACCAUGGCAGACCAACACGAGGUCGACCUCGAUUCUAUAAUCGACAGGCUACUCGAGGUCCGGGGCAGCCGCCCCGGCAAGCAGGUCCAGCUGCUCGAGACCGAGAUUCGAUACCUUUGCACCAAGGCCCGCGAGAUCUUCAUCUCUCAGCCCAUUCUCCUCGAGCUCGAGGCCCCCAUCAAGAUUUGCGGCGACAUUCACGGCCAAUACUACGACCUGCUGCGCCUCUUCGAGUACGGCGGCUUCCCUCCCGAAGCCAACUACCUCUUCCUCGGCGACUACGUUGACCGUGGCAAGCAGUCGCUUGAGACGAUUUGUCUCCUGCUCGCCUACAAGAUCAAGUACCCGGAGAACUUCUUCAUCCUGCGGGGCAACCAUGAGUGCGCUUCCAUCAACCGCAUCUAUGGCUUCUACGACGAGUGCAAGCGCCGCUACAACAUCAAGCUCUGGAAGACAUUCACCGACUGCUUCAACUGCCUUCCCAUCGCCGCUAUCAUCGACGAGAAGAUCUUCACCAUGCACGGCGGUCUGAGCCCAGAUCUCAACUCCAUGGAGCAGAUCCGCCGCGUCAUGCGGCCGACGGAUAUCCCCGAUUGCGGUCUGCUGUGCGACUUGCUCUGGUCCGACCCCGACAAGGACAUCACGGGAUGGAGCGAAAACGACCGCGGUGUCUCCUUCACCUUUGGUCCCGACGUUGUCUCUCGAUUCCUGCAAAAGCACGACAUGGACCUCAUCUGCCGUGCCCACCAGGUCGUCGAAGACGGAUACGAGUUCUUCUCCAAACGCCAGCUGGUGACCCUCUUCAGCGCGCCCAACUACUGCGGAGAGUUUGACAAUGCCGGUGCCAUGAUGAGCGUCGACGAGAGCCUCCUGUGCUCGUUCCAGAUCCUCAAGCCGGCCGAGAAGAAGCAAAAGUUCGGAAGGCGAUAAAGCGCCCAGCACACCACCCUCCAAUUCUGCCGGACGACCACCACGCCAUGCGACGGGGGGCGUCCCGCCGUCGUCGCUGGGUAUCAACUUUUGUCUCUCUCUCACACACACACACUCUCACUCUCUACGACGCUCUUCGUGUCUCUGUACUCUCUGCGCUCGCCUCGCGCCGUUACCGGGACCAGGUCCGGCAGCGAGCAUCCCAGGUUGGGUCGGUUGUGCCUCCGAGGGGGGGCACGUGCAUGCGGUGUCGGGGCGCGUCACUGUUGUCUCGAUAUAGCGUGUGCCUCUUUGUCGGCGGGAUGAUGGGCUCAGGUCGUCUCUAAUGCUCAUAUGCGAACUUGAUCACGACAAACGGCUGUUUC